AUGCGCAUUCUUACGCUUUGCUGGCUGAGCACCUGUCUGCUGUCGACUGACGGCACGGAGAGCCCUCGAAAGCAGGGCGCUCUCGGGCCGGGGUCCGAAGCACUGGAACGUGAGGAAGCCGAAAGGUUAUUGCAGAAGUACAAGCUGACCUUCAGUGAGGAUGGCGAUGCGCUGCGACGGCGGGGCCAAGAUCUUGCCUGCUCCGCGUGCCAGCUGGCUGCAAAGCGCUUCCAGAGCAAAGUUGCAAGCAGAAUCAAAGGGAAAAUGCCUGAUGCAGAGAAGAAGACCGUCUUCCAACGCGGGCUAAGCACGGCCUGUGAAGAAGCGCAGUUCCCUCAGCAGCUGGCCGUUGUAGAGAAGGAAGGCAAGCAGUUCUACGUGGACUUUCAAGAAGCCCUGGGCAGCGCGCACGGGAGGGUCAAUGUGAAAGCCAUGAGUCCUGAGAUCAAGGCUGAUGUCAUAAACGGAUGCAGACAUCUACUCCAAAAAGAAUGGAAAGACAGCCUCUUGCAGAAGGUGCUUUCGACACCGAAAGGCGGUCGAGCCUCGGAUGUCGAUUUCGGGAAGCUGAUCUGCGGACCGAAGAUGUCCGCCGUUUGCGACGAGGAGGAGAGCGACGGGGACCGUGAAGAGGAUGAGCCGCAAAUUCUUCUGGUUUCAGCUGUCGGAGCCGCCGUCCAGCUUCUGGUGCAACUGGUUGCGUUUCCUUUGGCCUUCCCGGGGCAUGUACAUCCAGACGUUCUCAGGGAAGGGCUAGAUGAGUUGAUGGGGCGGAAGCUGUCCUCCGUGCCGUGGAUUGCCUUCACCUACUGGGUGUGCAACAUCAUUUUCAGUGUCUCGGCCCUGCGACUGGUCAGAAGGGCUUCGGCCUCGACGGUGGUCUUGGCGAACGUCGCAGCGCUUCCGCUGAGCGCCCUGGUUUUCUGCUGCCCGCUUCCUUUGCUGAAGCCACAGCAAUUUCGCUGGACCUUUGCCAUGAGCCUUCUGUUGGCGGCGAGCUCAGCACGGGCUUGGGGUUCGCGUGAGGGCAAGCGCUUGUGGAGAGUCAUGCCGGGCUAUUCUGACAAGGUUGCUGGUUGGUUUACUUUCGUUGCUGGCGUUUUCGCUGCGUGCCAGACGUACACGCAACAAGCCGUGGACGCUAACCCUGACAAGUCGAUACUGGUUGCGGCAGAGCAGUGCUUCACCGUUCUUAAACUCACGGGCAGUGCUGCGCAUGUGCUGUGCAUGUUCCCCUUCGACCCGGCUCUGGCAGAGACAAGAGGAGAGCAACGGGUCGCCAUGGCGGAGCUUUCCUUCCUUAGGCAGCGCGGAACUGAGAUAAUCGAAGGGGCAGGGCACGGCCAAGGACUGGAUUCUGUGCCGAAGCCGCCUCAUGGCGUUAGCCCGAAAGCUGAAGGCACCUAUGACGUGUCUUUACAGUUCUCACCAACGAAGGGAUGGAACCCGUUCCACCAGGAAACGUACGUGGUGGCAUUCCGGAAGGAAGGUGUAAACUGGUUGGAGCGGCCGUUCAAGCCGGGUGAGAAUCUCGAAGACAUGAGUGGGGAUGCCAAGAAAGGCAACAGAUUCAAGGCUACUGUGGACGGCCUGCCCAUUGGGACUCGGAUAACUUUUCGAGUUUGUGCUCUUUCCUACUGGGGACGCGGGCCAUGGAGCAGAGAGGUAUCCGUUAGCACGAUGGCUAAGCCAUCCAAAGACUUCGGGUGCACAGGCCCUCUCGGCCCAGCAAGAGAAAAAACAGGCAGCGACAAGAAACAGUACGUGUGGCUUCAGACGAGGAACGAGGUGCACAUCAGAAUACCUGUUGGCACAGAUGUUCGUGGCAAAGACGUAAAGUUUAAAGCUUUGCCGCUUCGUCUUCAAGUGGACCUCGCCGUCGGCGGCGAGACCUUGGAGCUGCUGCACGGUCAGCUGGCACACCGCAUUAAUUCGGAUGAUGCGACGUGGUACAUUGACGAGUCCAAGGAGGAGGGAAGGUAUAUCCAGAUAACCAUCUUCAAGCUGGAAGCACUGGACAGAUGGAGCCGGGUCUUUGAGGGUGACGAGCACCCGGAGAUCGACGUGCGGCACGUGCAGUGGUUUGUGGAUCCUUUGAACCCAGGCACGCUUGGAGAUCUAGACGAAUGGACGUCCGGCAGGACACCCGGGAGGCUGACUCGUCGGGGCCGUGCCAGUGAUGGAGUGGAUGAGUGA